AUGUCGUGGCCCAAUGAUCAACACUCUCGGAGGCGCGGGGUAUGGAGCCAUUGGGUGCCGCUUGCGGUCACAGUGACUGUUGCGACGGUCGGUUUGGCCGCUUGGGUCUGGAGCCAACGCAAGGACGAGGACGAGACGCCCGAGAGCGAGCAGUACCCCGACCUCGACUAUGACAAUGCCGACUACGGCGACAAUCCAGCAUACGGCACUGCUAAAGGGCCGAAGCCUCCCCCGAGCAACGUGGGGACCGAAACAUACGGCACCACCGACGCAUCCCGAGACCCGACGGCCGAUGGAUGGGGUGCUCGCAUGUCGGGCGCAUUGAGGCGCACACCCAGCCCGCAGCAGUUCUUUGAGUCGGCUGGAAAGACCGUCACCGCAGGCGUCGCCGCUGCGGGUGCUGUUGCCGGCCGGGCUCUGGCGGCCAUCCGUGAGGAGGACAAGAACGCGUACGCUGACCACGAGACUUGGUCCGAGGAGGCAGACGCCAGAAAGGACCGCGCACCGGGGCCAAGAGACCCGAGCAAACGAAGGAGGACGGUUGCUGUGGUUGUUUCGGCCGAUGGCCAUGCAGACGAUUUUGAUGAUGAUGGCUUCCAUGAACACGCUUCCAUCUUGUCGCACAUCCCGCGCUACAAUGACUUCAACAACAUCAAGCUCUUCGUGUUGAUCUAUGCGCCUGGUCUUAAGGAAACCGCUGGCGAAUCUACGAGUAACCUUCCGCCACCUUCGCUGAGCUCGUCCUUCUCUAACAUUGAGCACCACCAAGCCCAAACUCCUGGCGAAGAGUCUUCCAAGAGCCCCACGGUGCAGGCCUCAUCCGGCAACCCCGCCUUCAAUGCCGUCUACUCCCAGGCGUUGGCUUUGGUCGAGAAGGAGACUAUGGUCAUGCCUUUCACAACGCCCAACGGCCACAACCACAUCCUUCGCCAUCUGCAGCCUGAGAUCAUCUAUCUGCAGGAGAGCCUGGCGGGCGAGAACGGCGGCGUCGUCUCUAACCUGCAAACGUGGCUGCGUCACGACAUCAUCCUGGUUGUCGGUGCCGAGAGCGGCCACGGCGGCCUCGCCGAUAGCGAGUCAGAGGCUGAGAGACCUGAUAAAGAAGAAAAGUGGUGGCAGCGAACUGACCGUGUCGGACGGGGCCGGGGCGUUGUUGUAGUUGACGGCAUGCGGGUCCACGAUGACUGGGCCCGGCGUGUCCAGGGCAAGGAGUAA